CACCGUUCGCCGCUGUGCGGUGCAGAUUUGCGGGUCUGGAGGAUGAGGAGCGGCGGGGAUGCUGCUGCCUCUGCGCCGCGGAUCUCACACUCGGUAGUCUGAGGGGAAACAACCGCAGCCAUGGCCUCGGACAACUGCCUGUUUGUGUGGUCUGAUCAGUGUGUCAUUGUGUGUCCCCUCUCCCUCUCCCUCCUCCUGCCAGUCCCCCCCCAGGCCAUCGGCUUCCUGUCGGCGGUGGGCGUCUUCAUCGUGGCGUUGGCCGUCCUCUUUCUCUUCAUCAACAAGAAGCUGUGUUUUGCGCGCGUCGGUGGAAUGCCCUGUCUGGAGCAACAUGGCCGCCGGAAGAAAGGACGACAGGAAGUCCGCCAGGGCCUCGUGAGCAGCUACGGUGACGAUGAUGAUGAUGACGAAGGCAGCAGCUCUUCUGACAGCGAAGCUGAGGUCCUGAAGCAGUUUGAGAUCUCGGUGUCACGUUCGCAGACUUUUCGUAGCCCAGCAGCAGCAAACGGCAGCGAGCAGCAGCCGCAGCAGACGCAGCUGUCGGUGGGCCGACACCACAAAUUCACCCGACUGUCGGACCAGGAGGAGGGCAGCACCGAGCCGUCAGACUGUGAAGAAAUGGAUGCUCAGAGCCAGCAGCGGGGUUUCCAGGACCCGCUGUCUGCAGCAGUAGAGGAGAGCGAGAGGGCGGCGGCGGCGGCCUCUCCGAACAAACCUGCUGCACUGAAAGCAUUGGGCGCCAGGGACAGUCCCACCCCGAGUUUGAACCGGCAGGCCGCAGAUGGCAGGGAGGACACGGAGAAGGCUGCGGAUUACAAAAAAAACAACGCCGCGGACAGCUCCUCCACCCGGAGCCCACAGCAGGAGCAGCCUCCCCAGGAUGAUGUCUCGCCUCUGCCAACGAGCUUUUCCCCCCGACCCCCCAUCUCUAAAUGUGGAGACCUGGUCCUCUCUCUGGAGUACCGCCCCGACACGGAGAAGCUGCUGGUCUCGGUGAUUGCGGCCCGGGACAUCCCAGACAAGGCCCGCAGCGGCAUGGACUCCUGGCAGGUGCACAUGGUCCUUCUCCCCUCCAAGAAGCAACGCCACAAGACGGCGGUGCAGAAAGGCUCGCUGCCGCACUUCAACGAAACGUUUCGCUUCUCGCGCCUGGAGGCGUCGGAGCUACACAUGUCGGCCGUCAGGUUCAGGCUGUACGCGCUCGGAGCCUCUCGGAUGUCCCGCGAGCGGAUGAUGGGUGAGAAGGUGCUGCGUUUAGGUGGGCUGGACCCGGAUGGAGGGACCAUGGAGACGACGCUGGUUCUGGAGCCUCGCAAUAACCUCAAGAGCGUGGACUCCCAGCUGAGCCUGUCGGCCGUGUCUCAGAGCGACAGCGCCUCGUCCACUCAGUCUCUGACCCACGGCGGCGUCCCCGAGCUGCUGCUGGGCCUCACCUACAACGCCACCACGGGCCGCAUGUCUGUGGAGCUCAUCAAGGGCAGCCACUUCAGAAACCUGGCCAUCAACAGACCACCAGACACCUAUGGGCGUCUGACUCUGCUGAACUCGGUGGGUCAGGAGAUCUCUCGCUGUAAGACAUCAGUGCGCCGCGGCCAGCCCAACCCCGUCUACAAGGAGACCUUCGUCUUCCAGGUGGCACUGUUCCAGCUGUCGGACGUCACACUGCUGGUCUCCAUCUACAACCGCCGCAGCAUGAAGCGCAAGGAGAUGGUGGGCUGGGUGGCUCUGGGCCAGAACAGCAGCGGCGAGGAGGAGCAGCUCCACUGGCAGGACAUGAAGGAGAGUCGAGGACAGCAGGUCUGCCGCUGGCACGUCCUGCUGGAGGCGUAAUGCCUCCCGGACUAAGGACUGUUAUUUUAAGAGGAAAGGGAGUGAUUGAUUUGAUGCGCUGACAAAAUGAUGCAUGUGGCUUCGGAGGGCGAUGGAUUCAAGGACUUAGCUUUUGUCAGAGCACACUCGCCACUACCGUAACAUCAACGUCAAACCUGGCUGCCUAUUUGAUGCCAACACGAGGAACAACUUCAUCUGCUUUCGGAGGCCGACACAAGUUUAACCGUAAAUAUUUCUUUUGGUGAAUAAAGAAAGAAGACAGCCUUCAACAAGGUUAGUUGAGAUCCAAGUCCGUUACUACGACAACUAUUUCUUUGGCAUGUAAAACCUUUUUAAAAGUGAAGGUUUUCUUGUGGAAAUUAACUUCUUCUCAAUAAAAAAACCCUUUGUAGAAGAUCCAUCGGCCUCCAAGAGCAGCUGAGAAUUUUUUCCUUACAGUUAUAGCUUAAAGCAGCUCAGUUGUGAGUCGAGGCUGCUGCGGUUUAGUUUUUCUAGUGAAAUGCUGUGUUAGAAAGCACACACAGAUUAGAGGUGUGUGUGUGUGUGUGUGUGUGUGGGUGUGACUUGUUAUUUCUAAAUCUUGCUUUUACUGGCUGG